GCUCUCCCAUUCUCCCAUUAUUUAAAACACUCUCAGGUUUUCUCCAACAAUCUCUGUAAUUCCAACUUCCAUGGCUGAGUUUGCAGGAGAUUCACUGAGCUUCAAGCCCUUUACUUUCUUAGACAUUGAUUCCAACAUAGAACUGACAAACCAGUUAGCAGAAUUGAAUCCAAAUGGAUUAGAAAAUCCCAAUAUGAGCUUACAAAGCUUAAUUUUCUCCAAUGACAAUUUCUUGGUCCAACAGCAACCAGAAUUCGCGAUGCAAUUCGUCAAUAGUCUUCCAGGUUUGUAUCACUCAAAUGGUGUGAAUGCAGCUCCAAUUUCUCAGUCCAUGCCUUCAGCUCAAGAUGUUGUCCCUGAAAGAAAGAAGCAGAAAACAAUGGCAGUUUCAGAAAGCAGUUCUAAGAAUUCUUCUACCCCUGUUUCUGGAACUGGGUCCAAAGAAGAUAGCAAGAGAAAGAAUAGCUUAGGAAGAGGGAAGAUCAGAGGGAGAAGCCAUGAAAAAAAAGUAGACAAACCUAAAGAGGUGAUUCAUGUGAGAGCAAAAAGAGGCCAAGCUACUGAUAGCCACAGUUUAGCAGAGAGGGUAAGGAGAGAGAAAAUCAAUGAGAGACUUAGAUGCUUGCAAGACUUGGUUCCAGGGUGCUACAAGACCAUGGGAAUGGCUGUAAUGUUGGAUGAGAUUAUCAAUUAUGUUCAGUCAUUACAGAAUCAGGUUGAGUUUCUUUCUAUGAAGCUUUCUGCUGCAAGUUCUGCCAAUGAACACAACCCUGAGAUAGAAUUCAUGGCAGCAAUGCAGGGGACAAAUGCAUAUGAAGCACAAGAGGUGGAGAGGUUGAUGAGAGAAGGAUAUGGAGGUUUCACUUACUUCCACUCAACAUGGCCUCUUUGACUGGAUUUUUGGAUCUUACUUAUUCCUAUUGCCAUGGACCACAUGAACAUGCUGUUCCUCUUCUCUUAUCUUCUAUUAAUCAAAUCCAUCUCCUAUUGUUGCAUAAGAGAAAAGAAACUUGUAAAACCCUAGAGGGGAAAUGAUCUAACUUAUGAUUCAUAAAUGAAGGAUUACUGGAUUAAUUAGCCAUGUU